ACAAUAAUGAAGUUAUAAGAUUACAAACCGUUUAAAGGAAUUAGGUCCUGAUUAUCUAAGACAAGAAAGCAACCAAUCUGCAGUGGGAUCCCUGAAGCUCAUCUCUUACAGGGCUUUUGUCCAGAAAAGAACUAUUAAGGGACAUUUGGGAGUGCUCAGAAACUUAUCUGGGGGAUUUUGAGAGUUUGAGACUUACUCUCUGGUACAUUUCACACUACUUUUAUAUAGACCUGUUAUACUCCAGGUCCUCUGCUUUUUUCCCUGCUGCGGUUGUUUUUCCACAGCCAGAGGGAUUGUGCAUGCUGGUCAGUACACCUGGGAGGUCAGGCAGGAGGGCAGUGUUCAACUCAAUCCCAGAUGCUUCAGUGGUUGGAUCUCCCCAUAGUGUACAUGCUAAAAUCCUCCCUCCCAACAUGAUGGUAUUAAGAAGUGGGACUUGAGGUGCUCAUGAUGAGGUUUCAGGAACUAGAUUAGUGCCUUUAUAGGCCAAGGGGAUUCUACCACGUGAGGGCAUAGUGAGGCCAGAGCCCAUAAGAUUAGUAAACUGGGCGGAAGUGAUCAGGGGAGUUCGAUCAUCUGAAAAUGCCAACAGGCUGGCAGCUUGCUCAGUUCAAAGGUCCUGUCUUGCCAGCCAUGACUCCACAGCCAUGACACAGCUUGAAGCUUUUGCUCAUUUCAAUGCCGUGGCUGGACAUUGAUGUGUCAACCUCUGCUUCUGAUGCCAGGAGGGAAGACAGCAGAGGCAGAAGUGAUGUCACGUUACACUGUGACAUCAUAGUGUUUCUUUUCUGCUGUCUUCACUCACUUUUUUUGUCUCCCUGUUACCACACCUUCUCCCCAGUCAUCUGGCUCCCACAUAGCUGCACACACUUGUAUCCAAAAAAUCGCAGACACCACCUGGGCCCCCAGUUGGCCAUGGCCUCAGAAGCAGAGAAAACGUUCCACCGGUUUGCCGUCUUUGGGGACACAUCCAGCAGUGGCACCGAAAUUACCAACAAGAACUUCUCCAAACUCUGUAAAGACUGCGGCAUCAUGGAUGGCAAGGCGGUGACCUCCACAGAUGUGGACAUUGUGUUCAGCAAAGUGAAGGCCAAGAAUGCCAGAACCAUCAACUUUCAACAGUUUCAAGAGGCGAUGAAGGAGCUGGGCCAAAAGCGCUUCAAGGGGAAGAGCCUAGAUGAGGCUUUGGAGAAUGUUUAUAAACUCAUGGAAGGCAAGGACCCUGCCACCACUGGUGUUACUAAAGCAACCACCGUGGGUGGCGUCGACCGGUUGACAGACACCAGUAAGUACACUGGAACCCACAAGGAGCGCUUUGAUGAGAGCGGCAAAGGGAAGGGCAUCGAAGGUCGGGAAGAGACCGCGGACAACUCGGGCUAUGUGAGCGGCUACAAGGGGGCCGGCACCUAUGACCAAAAGAACAAGUAGAGAGGAGCCGUCUUCACCUGCUGGUUCCCUGGCCCUGUGUUUUUAACACCGGGAAACCUAGGAGAUAAUAAACUUCGUGUGUGCAGCA